CAUGAGCAAAUCUCCACCAUCACCACCUUUCCGACAGUGACCGAUGUGUUUUCAAAGAAGAAGCCCUACCUCCCCCUCCUUGACCCUCACACAUGGCAUUUACCAGGAAUCAAAGGCCUCAUCGACAGGCAGUUCCGCCUCCUGCGCGAGGAGAAUCUCUAUUUCCCGCGGAUGGCUCUACGCGCAGAAUUCUUUCACCUCCGCGAGAAAGGCGACUUCAACUACGGCGAGUUGCAGAGACACAUAGGUCGAUACAAUUCGUACCCGGAUGCCAGCUUUACCAGGUACCUCCUCAACGAACACAAAGGCCUAGAGUUUGAGGUGCGCUUUAAUCAGCCUUCCUUCCUGACAGAUGUCGAUGUCGGACACCGUAAGCGUUGGUGGCAAUCCACGAAACGCUUUGAUGGCGGCAAUCUGGUCUACCUCAUCUUUGAAGAUGAAGACACUCAGAAGCACAUUUUGCAUUGCGAAUGUUCUUACGCUCAAAAACUUCACGGCAAUCAUCGCAACCUUUUCUCGGACCCCAAGUACGGCUACGUCAGGGUACGCUUGACCACGAGUUUGUACUCCAGCCUCUUUGACAACCUAAUGAAGAACUGGAUCGUCGAUACUUCCAAAUCUUCGUUCACCAUCUUGGAUUUCCCGGGUACCAAGGUGCAUUCUUUUGAGCCCGCGCUCAAGACAUUCAGGGGCAUGAGUAAGUGGCCGACCAUACCUUUUGACACACUCUUUGCGCCCAGAGACCCAGACAAACCAGGCCGUUUAGAAAACACCGUACCCGAAUAUGCCACGCGCCCAGAUUUUCGCUACAACCUCCGCAGUGUAAUACGCCGAAACAAGAACUUUUACAUGUCGCCACACGAGCCAUUCGACGAGAAGGCCUUCAAAGAGGCCACUUAUCUUGACGAAACUCAAGCCGAUGCAGCAAUUAACUCUAUUAAGAACAAGCUUUCACUCAUUCAAGGGCCUCCUGGUACUGGAAAGACCUUCUGUGGCGUUUCAGUUGCUCGAAUUCUUCUAGACAACAUCCCUGAAGACUACAAAUCUCCGAUACUCUGCGUCUCUUCAACGAACAAGGCAUUGGACCAUUUUCUUGAAACCCUUCACAAUGCUGGAGUGUAUGGCAUCAUUCGAGUUGGUUCUCGCAGCGAAUCUGAAAUUCUGAAGCCGCUUAACUUAACUGGCCAUGUAGCAAAGAGUGCCAACGACAGGCUCAAAUUGUCAGAAUUGUACGUCCAGAGCACAAAGCAUGCGGAUGGGAUUAGAUCGAUUCUGAGGAAACUUUAUAAUGCCGAAGUUCCUGGACAAGAGCUAGACGAAGACCAGAAAGAUAUUCUGGGGAAGAAGCUCUUAGCUCACCAGAGGUUGGGAUAUGCCACGGAGAACAUCGAUAUAGCAUGCCAGUACAACGUUCUGACCGAGGCGAAAGUGAUCGGGAUGACCAUAAGUGGGCUUGGUAUGAGACGCAAGCUUUUGGAAAGAGUUGGACCGAAGAUUUUGAUAUGCGAGGAAGCAGGCGCGACAUUGGAGGCACACAUGCUCACCACCUUUCUGCCAAGUCUGGAACAAAUCAUUCUCAUCGGCGAUCACUUACAGUUGUUUCCUCAUAUCAACAACUUCAACAUGGAUCGCAUGCAUCCCAAAGGGAAGGAUUAUGCGUUCAACGUCUCCUUGUUCGAGAGGUUGGCGACUAAGGCCGAAGUGCAACUCACGACUCUACAAGGCCAACGUCGCAUGCACCCUUCCAUCUCGCGGUUGAUCAGAACCACAUUGUAUCCUUCCCUGCAAGAUGUAGGACCGGUGUUCACCUAUCCUGAGGUCUGUGGGAUGAAGCGGAGACUCUUUUGGCUGGACCAUAACGAGAUCUCCACAUCAUUUGAGGAAAUUUCUGAAAUCGAAGACGGAUCGGGGAAUUCGCUGAAAAAUGAGUUUGAAGCCGAUAUCGCCGUCGCUCUAGUCACCCAUCUUCUCCGUCAAGGCACGUAUAUGGAUAAGAAGAUAGCUAUUAUCACGCCUUAUGGUGCUCAGAAGGUGGAAAUAGGCCAUAAGCUGUCUAACAUCGCCAGGACCGUUCGCAAGCCCAAGAAGGAAUUCGAGCCUAUUGUCGAGUGCCUCAGGCGUAACAUUAAGCAUCUGUUUUUCGAUACGGGCAAAGACGACAAUAUGCUGGACGAAGUCAGACUUACAAGCGUGGAUGAAUUCCAAGGACACGAGGCAGACAUUGUUAUUGUCUCUCUGUCACGCAGCAACAUCGAAAACAGGACGGGUUUCUUGAAAGUUACGAACCGGAUCAAUGUACUCUUGUCUCGUGCCAAACACGGCAUGUACAUUAUCGGAAACUCCAAGACAUUCAGCCAAGUCCCAAUGUGGACCCAGGUCCUUGAUAUGCUACGUGAGGCAGGAAAUAUCGGACCUGCCUUUGAGCUCUUAUGUCCUCGGCACCCCGAGGGCUCUUCGCUUGCACGCCUACCAGAGGACUUCCGUAUACACUCUCCAGAAGGUGGUUGUUCGAGGGACUGC